UCUUCUUAAACAUACAGAAAAUAUGGCAAUAUGAGGUAAACGGAGUACAAAUUACUCGACUCGGCGUUUAUCAGAUAAAUAUAAUUAUUAAACAUGUGUAGGUAUAAAAAAUAUAUUUGGUGUAAGAUCAGAUUAUUAAACAGCGUAAGGUAAACUACAAUAUUAUGUCCUAUGAAACUAACUAUUUUUUUGAUGCAGAAGUAUUAAAAAUAUUAUUACUACCAUACAGAUUAACAUUUAAUCCGCACUUGACGCAUUGAGUCAAUUUACCGCCCUAUGAUCACAGUUAUAAACCAUGAAGGCUGCAAUUGUUGGGGAAUACCACCAAUUGCUUGCUAAGGACGUAUUUAAUGUCGGCCCAUCACUGCCUGAACAUGUCUAUAAUACAGAGUACAUUUUAGUUCGGGCCUUAUUACCAUAGCGGGUCGAAUGCUUCAUCAUGUGUCUCUGGUUAUUGACAGCGUGUUUAGGAUUAUUGCCUUCAAAUCCCUCACAAAAUGCACAAAUAGUUAUAGUGCAAGGGGUUCCAGCACCAAUCUUGCAGCCAACUGCAGCCCCAACCACAGUACCGACUAUAGUGACACCUACAGCAGCCCCAACCACAGUACCGACUACAGUGACAGCUACAGCAGCCCCAACCACAGUACCGACUACAGUAAAACCUACAGCAGCCCCAACCACAGUACCGACUACAGCAAAACCUACAGCAGCCCCAACCACAGUACCGACUACAGCGUCAGCUACAGCAGCUACCACAAUGGCGACGACGAAAAUGCCGUCGCCAUCGCCGACAAGUGCAACAAUGAGUUCCGCACCACCAACCCCAAUGACAACAAUGAUGACCACAGCGCAACCGACAACUGUGACCGUCGCUCCAACGACUGCUGCUCCCACAACAGCACCUACAACACGAGCUACCUCUCCUGGACAGCUGCCGAUUGAUCCCAGACUUGGCUCUACACCGGCGGCAGAGUUCCGACUACCAUCCAUAGAAUACAGUCAAGCAAACCCCUCGUUUGACAGUGCUGUUAAAUUUCCUCGUGAGAAGAGAAGUAUAAAAGAGAACCAAGUUGCGGAAUACGUGUACAGUAAUUUAAGCAAUCACAGAAUUCGAAAGAGGCAAAGCAACUGCCGAUGUGUACCUUCUGGCACUUGUAUCAGAUCGUCAGGUAAUGGCUUGAUCGAUAUAAGAAUAGUUACACCUACCAUGAUGCCCUGCCCUGCAGGCCAAGAAUAUUGUUGUGGUGCUACCACGACCGCAACGAUUGCAUGUGGCACUCUGCAGACGCCACCAUCGCCUGUAGUUACGCCAGCGGCUGGGCAAGCUAAUUUCGGAGAAUAUCCUUGGCAGGCAUUAAUUUUAACGAAACAGAAUGAUUACAUUGCCGGUGGUGUCUUAAUAAAUCAACUUAACGUUAUAACGGUGAUACAUAGGCUUUCCACUUACAUAGUCGCGGGCACUGCUCCUAAUGUCAAGGUGCGUUUAGGUGAAUGGGAUGCUGCUGGUACCUACGAACCUGUCCCUUUCCAGGAAUAUACAGUAACAAAGGUGUUUACUCACCCCUCAUUCAACCCCAAUACGCUGCAAUACGAUAUUGCAGUUUUACGUUUGUCAGCAUCUGUACCUCUGACUCCCAUGACGGGUUCAACGAUGACUAUUAAUAGAGCAUGUCUUCCGCCAGCAUCGACUACUACAUACACAGGCCAAAGAUGUUGGGUAGCAGGAUGGGGAAAAGAUAUGUUUGGAAUGCAAGGGCAAUUCCAGCAGAUCCUGAAGGAAGUAGAUGUACCGAUAGUUGCUCCUGCCACUUGUCAGACACAGUUGCAGGCUGCGCGUCUGGGACCGACAUACGUUCUAGACACUACCUCUUUUGUUUGUGCUGGAGGCGAAGCUAAUAAGGAUUCUUGUAGUGGUGAUGGAGGAUCAGGUCUGGUAUGUCAAGUGCAGGGGCAGUGGGUCGUUGUGGGUUUGGUUGCGUGGGGAUUGGGCUGCGCCAGCGCAAACGUUCCCGCCGCCUACGUAAAUGUAGCCGCUUUAUUGCCUUGGAUACAACAACAAGUCGCUACGGCCUGAAGUAUUUUCUGUUUAAGUCACUUACUGUAGAAUUAUUUUUUUAUUU